AUGGAAGGAGGAAACAAAACCGAAACAAGUGACGAGGAAGUGGUGAAGUAUCUAGUCCAGAGCGGAUUCACAAGAGAAGAGGUCCAGAAUGCCAUGAAGGGGACCGGAUCCAGAGACAUCGACAUCCUGGUCAACUUCAUUAUAAGCUCCAGCCAAAACAGAGCUCACGGGGGUGUCAAGCAGGCCAAAAAAGUGAAUAAUAACAAGGCGUCAAAAGAAGCAAUGGACCUUGAAAAGAGGAGAAAGGAAGAGCUGAUGAAGGAAAAGCUCUACAGAGAACAGCUUAUAAACCAAAUCAAGGCAGAUAUGGCAGAAAAACUCGAAAAGGAAAGACUUGAAGACGAGAGGCUGAUGAGCACAAAUGUUGAAAAGAGCGAGGACAUUUCUGACUGUAAAAUAAAGCUAUGGGUCGGGGACGGAACCUCCCUAAUACUGGGAUUCUCCAAAAAUGAUACCAUCGAGGAUCUUUUCAGAAGAAUCGAAGCAAAACUUAAUAAGAAGAGAUUCAAUCUGUUCAAGAUGAACCAUGUGACGCCCGUAGAGAGAAGCACAAAAAAGAUAUCAGAAAUCCCCGGGCUUUAUCCAAGAGGUGUUCUUUUCAUUGAAGAAUAA